AUGAGUCCAUCAGAGGAGUGGAAAGGCCGUUAUGCGGCAUCUCAGGUUGCCCGCAUCUUCGGCAGCUACGGCGUCGACAAUGCCUGCUUUGGCCCAGGGGCUCUUCGUCUAGUUGGACGGCCUGCGGGGGAGUUUCGAGACCUUGAGUUUGUGAUUCCCGAUGAGCAGCUAGUUGAUGCAAUGUGGGCCCUAGACGAGGGAGGAUUUAUCAUCUGCAACGAUGCCUUCUGCAAGCGUCGGCGUGUUGACCGACGAGCAACUAAACCAGGUAAUCCAGAAACCGACAUCAACGAUAAGUCUCGAUACCCGUCCAUCGCCUGCGCCCAUUUCCACACAGACAAUCUAUACCAAGAUACCCUGUGGUGGCUCUCUAAUUUGAACAUCGGCCGCUACAUAACAGUUUCAAGCGACCCCGACCUCCCGCCUCACGUUCCAGGCGGCUGCACCGGUCCCUGGUCGUCGGAGCUAUAUCCUGUAAAAAUACUCAGACCCUCAGCAUUUACCGAAGCGGUCAUACUGCUAGCUGCCUGGGGCUAUGAUUCCAUCGAAGGCCAGGACAGUCGGUACUGGCGGAUGAUCCGGUGUCUGAUGGAUAACGGGAACAAUGACCCUACAGACGUUGAGAAGCAACUGGCGAAGCCAUUCCAGUAUUUCUGGGAGAACCUGCAUGCGGUUCCCAAUUGGGAGCCGGUGCGUUUGUCGCUCAGGACCCUGCGGACGGAUGAGAUUGUGACGAAGGGCGUCUUGCCUCCGCGUCAGUGCGCGCCGGGGUUCCCUAAAGGUGUGAAAAGGGCGUCGCCGUCUUGA